AUGAGGACUGUUUGUAAGGGAGAGGAGUGUGGCUGGGUACUAUAUGCUUCCUUGGACAGUGAGGGUAACUGCUGGCAGAUCAAGACAUUUAUGGACGAUCACACUUGUCCUAGAGAGACUAAGAACAGGCUAGCUAACAAGAAGUGGCUGGGUUGCAAACUGGUUAGAAAAUUAAGAAAAUAUCCCAACCUUAGACAUUGUGUAGCUGCCCAGUACUUUAAGAGCAAGUGCGACUUGGACCUCAACAAGUCUUCACUGACAAGGGCUCUAGGGGAUGCUAGGGCCAUAGUUUAUGGAGAUGCUGCUGCCCAGUAUGGUAUGGUUAGGGAUUACGGGUUGACAUUACUGAAAACUAAUCCUGGCUCCACUGUUAGUAUUGGUGUUACACCUCAUCCCAAUCCUGAUAAAGAUCCAACUUUUGAUAGGAUGUACAUUUGUCUUGAUGGGUUUAAAAGAGGGUUCAAGGCUGGUUGUAGACCACUUAUAGGGUUGGACGGAGCAUUUCUAAAAACAAAACAUGGUGGUCAAAUCCUCUCUGUAAUUGGUCAAGACGUAAACAAUCACAUUUAUGUGAUUGCUUAUGCAAUAGUGUCCAUCGAAAACACAGAGAAUUGGCGAUGGUUUCUGGAAUUGCUGCACCAAGACUUGGGUGACUACAAGCAACAUGGUUGGUGUUUUAUUUCAGAAAUGCAAAAGGGUUUAAUUCAUGCAAUUCAGGAUGUGUUCCCAAAUGUCCAUCACAAAUUCUGUGUAUGGCAUUUAUGGAGGAACUUCAACAAACAGUGGAAGGAUAAUCAGCUUAGAGGUUUGCUUUGGGAGUGUGCAAGGUCUACGACUCAAGAGGGAUUUGUGGAAGGGAUGAAAAAAUUGGAAAAGCUAAAUAAGGAUGCUUGGACUUAUCUAUGCAAAUGGCCAAAGAAUUCAUGGAGCAGGGCAUUCUUCAGCAUUGCACCAAAAAUGGACAAUAUCUGCAAUAAUGCAUGUGAGGUUUUUAACUCACGGAUCAAGGACCCUAGAGCCAAGCCUAUUAUCACACUGUUGGAGGAGGUCAGGAUGUACAUCAUGAGAUCUAUAGCCAGGAACAAGGUGAAGUUGAGGAACAAUGACGGAAUUCUACCUCCAAUACAGAGAAAUUACGAAAUAUUUGAAGUUCAUGGGUGGCCUACAAAUAUGGCUGUGGACUUAGGCAAGAGAUCAUGCACCUGUGAUUUUUGGCAACUAAGUGGGAUUCCAUGUGUGCAUGCAUGUGCCGCUUUGGCCAGGGCUGGUAGAAGGCCAGAUGAAUUCUGUCAUAGUUGGUUGACCAUGGAAGCAUACAACAACACCUAUGGCUUCCAUAUAAAUCCAAUUCCUAGCCAGGCACUGUGGGAGAAAUCACCUUAUAAUAGACCUCAAGCACCAAAGUUGAAGAAGAAGCCAGAACCAAUCAAGAAGAAAAGAAGAAAGGAUGCUGAUGAGGAGCCAAGUAAAGGCAAGAAGCAGAAGACCUCAGUGAAGAGAGUUCAUAAAAAAGGAUAUUGUCGCUAUUGUGGUGAAUCUGGUCACACAAAGAGGAACUGUCAUAAGAGGGUUGUUGAUGAAGAAUCAGCUGCUGUGGCGGCGGCGGCUGCUACUGCUAAUUCUGAUGCUAAUGGAGGUGAGGUCAAUAAUUCUGCUCCAACUGCUGUUGUAAAUGGUGGUGAUGCCCCAGCUGUGACACAGGAUCAGGUUGAGAUUCAGCUUGAUCUUAGUCAGCCUAUUAUGUCAGAAACUGAUGACUCGCAACAGGUGCAACCACCUCCUGUUCGGCCAUCCAAACUGCCUCCUAAGAGAAAGUUGUCCACACCCACUGCUACCACCCAACCAACCAGCACCCCAUCUGCAAGCACUCCAUCUCCUCCAUCUGCAAGUACUCCAUCUGCAAGCACUCUCCCAACAAGCAGUUAG